AUGAACAGAGGGGCCGCUGAGCAGGCAGAAUGUGUAUGGGCAGCGCGAGGCAAGGAGACACUGUGUGGCACAUGCACGUUGGGGUUGGUUUGCGAUUCGCAUGUCAUGGGCGGGAGGGUGCGUGGCGUGGGCCGACACGUUGCCGCCCUCGUGGUCUGUGUGGAUUGUCUGGUACAGGCGCAUCAGCUCCAGCGCGCCGUGCUCCCGGAACCCCAUCAUGGCGCUCAGGUUGGCGGCCCAGUCCAGGGCCGGGUCGGGGGCGAUCAGCUCGCCCCCCGCAUACGCGUUGCGGUAGAUGAUGGCCGCGAUCUCCGGCAGCUUGGCGAUCAGGUCCAGGCUGUCCUCCAGCACCGGCUCCCAGUACCGGCUCUUGUGCAGGCCCGCGUCGUAGGCCGCCGCAAACUUGCUGCCGGACUGCAGGCCCAGCACCGCCUGCGCCAGCUGCGUCAUGGGGUGCGUGCCCGCCGGCAGCGAGCCCAGCAGCGCCUUGACGUGGUUGGGCAGGGCGGAGCGGGAGCGCAGCUCCUCUGUCACUGA